AUGCCAGAAACACUGUACUUCUUCUUUGAAAACAUUCCUGCUUCCGAUAAGGAACCCUUUGUUGUUAAGAUUGGAGGCAAUGUUGUAUUUACUGCCACCACUUCACAAAAAAACACUUCUCACACCGUUCAAAUCACACCCUCUGGUCUCAGUGCUAUUCAUCGUGAAUUUAUCAAUUUUGUCAUUCCACAGGCCGACAUUGAUGAAUUGAAUCAAUACGAUCUCACUAAUCGAGGUUAUUAUUUUAGAGUUCGUGUGAAAAAAAUCGGAGAACUCUCUGUCUUGCAAGGAUUGAAUAAGAAUUUUGAAGAAGAGAAUGCCAUUUUGGAUGAUCAACGUAAAUUCUAUGUCGAUGAAAAGACUGGUGAAUAUACCUAUAAAUACAACAAACCAGUGUAUUUGGCAGACGAUUACGAAAAGAGUCCAAAAGCUAAAAUUGCCAAAGCCAUUGCGAAUUCAGCAGAUUUCGGAACUGAUUCGACACGAAUUUGGAUUCACUUAUCAGGCAUUGACGCCAACGAAGAAGAACCUUUUGAAAUUCUUGACGCUGAUCAGGAAGACAAGAAUUUAUUCAAAAGUACAAAACCAAUUUUUAAGAGAAAGGAAGUCAUGCUGUAUGUGAGAAAAGCAGAUCCUACUGCAAAGAGUCAUGUUGCAAAUUUACACAUCAAAAUUCCAAGUGUGGGUGUGGAUAGUGUGGUUGAUUUUGAUUUGACCACUUUGGGAACUCAUAUUUUAAUUGCUGUCUUAAAUGAAGGAUCCAAUGUUGAAAUUCAACAAAAGACCAACAAGAUGUUCGAUGAAAAGUUCUUUAAUCCAGUUCACUAUGCCAAUGCUGAGAGAGAAUAUAAGGAAAAGACUCGUGUGAAAACAACCACCAAAUAUAAUGAUGAUGACGACGAUUCUGCUCCAACUCCACAACAAGUGGCCAAACAAGGAGAUUCUGAAUCUUUGGAUGAAGUAACCAUUACUCUCUAUGUGAAUAACAUUCCAGCAUCCAAGAAGGAACCUUUUACCAUUUACAUGAAUGGUGAUGAAUUUUUCAAGAGUGAAGAAGAGAUUUCAUUAACAAGAACGACUGUCUUGAGAGCAUCUUUUGAUAAGCCACCUCGUGGAGAAGAAUUAAUUGUUGAAAUUCGUUUCAAAAUUGAUGCUCGAGAUGUUGACACCAAACAACAAUUCAACAUUACCAAAAAUGGUACAUUCUUAUUCUUUGGUAUUGAAAAAGCUGCUGGUGACUCUGAACGAAUUCAAAUGAAACAACAACACAAUGAUACUUUUGGACCUCAAAGUUCACAACAAACUGCUACCAAACCAUCUAGUGGUAAUGCCUCUUCUUCUUCUUCAGACAUCAUUCCAGUUUACUUCCAUUUGGCAAACAUCAAUGCUUCGGCAGAGAAACCAUUUGAACUUUUUGUCAAUGGACAGCCCAUUUACAAGCAAACUCAAGAUCUUGGCGAUAAGAUGGCCAUUGUCACUGGUAAAUUACCAAAAAUUGAUGAUUUACGUAUUGAUUUGAGAGCUGUAGCUAAGGCUGAUGGUCUCGAAGAAGAAUCUGAAUUGAACAUUACCAAGUAUGGUAAUUAUUUGAAGAUUGAAGUGAGUUCAGAUCGCUCAGUCAUUGACAUUACUCAAGCCGAUAAUGCAGAUUUCGACAAUGCAACCAUUGUUGACUCAAAGAAAAUGCCUUCCAAGAGCACUUCCAGUACCUCCUCGUCGACUAGUACCAAGACAUCUCCAUCUGAAAAGAAGACCACAACGACUAGCCAACAACCUUCAUCAACCUCCAGUGGAGAUUAUCUUGAUCAAUUGAAAAAGUUAGGUGAGCUUAGAGAUGCUGGAAUUCUCACUGAAGAGGAAUUCCAAGCAAAGAAGAAGAAAAUUCUUGGCUUGUAA